AAACAACGCAAGAUUUGAUGACGUAGUACACAAUCCAUGUGGUUACGGCAUGCGCCAUUUCUCACGACCAAAUCGGACAUAAAUUUAUAGCAGCUGUCUAUUUUCAUCUUCAUGAACUGCUUUUUGAAAAUAAUAUUGGAUCAGUUAAAGAUAAAUAUUAACACAUACAUAUAACUACAGAAAUCUAGAUAAUCAUGGCGGGACGUUUCUUCCGAGGAUCGGACUCCGAGUCUGACAGUUCCAGUGAUAGUGAUGAGCCAACAUUCGCACCGCAGAAAGAAAGGCCUAUGCGGCCUGCUGGUUUCCAGUUGAGUGACGAUGAAGAGGAACAGACUCGAGUUGUACGCAGUGCUAAAGACAAAAGGUAUGAAGAACUGCGAAAGAUCAUUAAGUUAAUAGGUAACCACAAAAAGAUCAAGGAUAUGUCCAAAGUAUUGUCAGGGUUUGAGGACCUAGGCCGUGCUUACGACAAAGCAAAGAAGGUAGUGGAUAAAGAAGGUGGGACUCCACGGUUCUACAUCCGAAGUCUGUCAGAGUUAGACGAAUUUGUUAAUGAGUGCUGGGAGGAUAGAGAGGCCAGGAAACAGAUGAGCAAGAACAAUGCCAAAGGUCUGACCACGCUUCGACAAAAGCUCCGAAAAUACAAUCGCGAUUUUGAGGAGCAAAUCACCAAUUACAGAGAGCAUCCUGAUGAGGGAGAUGAGGAUGACGAGGAAAGAGUGGAGGAGAAGGAGGUGGAUACUGAAGAAGUGGCCCCGGCACCUGUUAUACCUGAAUCUACACCUGCCUUCCAGAAACAGGAGGGUGAUGAUCUUGAUGACGAUGAUCUUAGUGACUGGAGCUCCUCAGAAACAGACUCAUCAUCAUCAGAUGAUGAAAUGGAAGUUGGACCAGGAGGUUACACACUUGCCAUGUUCUUGAAAAAGAAACCUGGAGAGGAAGGCCCAAAGAAGGAAGGAAAGAAAGAGAGAGCGACAAAGAAAGAAUCUCGGCCAAAAUGGCAACCUGUGAAGAAACCAGCUUAUUCGGCUGUUAAGGAAAAGACAGUUAUGUUUGCUAAGGAAGCUGACAUCACACAUGAAGCUGUCGUAAAGAAACUGGCAGAAAUCAUAGCUGCCCGAGGAAAGAAAGGAACAGACCGAAGUGAACAGAUAGAGCUGCUGAAGGAAUUGAUGACCAUUGCUGAUGGCAAAGGUCUGGGACCAGCUAUCAGUGUGAAAAUUAUGUUUCACAUCCUGGCCGCCAUUUAUGACUACAAUCCUAACAUUGCCACCUGUAUGAGGACAGAGAUGUGGGAGGUGUGUCUGAACUUCAUCAAAAAGUUGUUGGGUGUCCUUAUGGAGAACAGAGAUAUAGCUAUAGGAGAUAAUAUUCUGGAGGAGAGUGAAAUCCUUGAUACAUCACCGUAUCGAGUGCGAGGCUGUAUCCUGACCUUAGUCGAGAGACUGGAUGAAGAGUUCACCAAGAUGUUACAGGCUUGUGAUGCUCACAGUACAGAAUAUGUUGACAGAUUGAAAGACGAAUCGAUCAUGUGUGAAAUCCUGGAACAGCUGCAGCAGUACCUUGAGUUCCGAUCAGCACCAGAUGAGCCGUGUCGAGCAACGUCUGCAGAGCUUUGUCGUAUUUACCUCCGUAGAGUGGAGCAUACAUAUUACAAGUUUGAUCGUACAAUCUUUGACGAUAGCUUUGAUGGAGUGGAUACAAGUAAGAUCCUGAUGGGUGAGCUGUGUAAAUACAUCUACGCCAAGGAUAACACGGAUCGUCUGAGGACGCGAGCCAUGUUGUGCCAAAUAUACCACCAUGCUCUGCAUGACCGCUGGUAUCAGGCCCGCGACCUCAUGCUCAUGUCUCAUCUCCAGGACAACAUACACCACUCGGAUGUCCCAACACAGAUCCUGUACAACAGAACUAUGGUACAACUCGGUCUGUGUGCCUUCAGACAGGGAAUGACACGGGAUGCCCACAAUGCUCUAGUCGAUAUACAAAGUGGAGGCCGUGCCAAGGAGCUUCUGGCACAGGGACUGUUGCUACAAAGGCAGCAUGAGAGGACUCCAGAACAGGAGAAGAUUGAGAAGCGACGUCUAUUACCGUAUCAUAUGCACAUCAACUUGGAGCAGUUGGAGUGUGUUUACCUGGUGUCGGCCAUGCUGAUGGAGAUUCCCUACAUGGCAGCUCAUGAAAUGGAUGCACGUCGACGUAUGAUCAGUAAGAAUUUCCAUCACGUUUUACGGAUGAGUGAGCGACAGACACUGACAGGACCGCCAGAGAGUAUGCGAGAGCAUGUUGUGGCUGCUUCUAAGGCCAUGAAGACAGGAAACUGGAAAGAGUGCAAGAACUUCAUCAUUAAUGAGAAGAUGAGCACUAAGGUUUGGGAUCUCUUCUUUAAACCAUUGAAAGUGCAGGAGAUGAUCACUACAAAGAUCCAGGAAGAAAGUCUACGUACCUACCUGUUUACAUACAGUAGUGUCUACGAUUCCCUCAGCCUUUUUACGCUGGCUAACAUGUUCGAGCUGGAACGCACAGUCGUUCACUCCAUCAUCAGCAAGAUGAUCCUUAAUGAGGAACUCAUGGCAUCUCUGGAUGAGCCAACGCAGACUGUCGUGAUGCACCGUACAGAACCAACACGUCUCCAGUCCCUUGCACUCCAGCUCUCGGAGAAGGUCUCGUCUCUCGUCGACAACAAUGAGAGGAUUAUGGACCUCAAGCAAGGAAACCUCUUCUUCGGCAAACAAAACCAACAGUUUAACUAUCAAAACAAUAAUCAGAACCAAGGUGGCUGGCAGGGAAAAGGUAAUCAGAAACGUUACGACGGUGGCGGGGAUAACAAAGGAUGGCAGAACAAGAAUCGCUACAAUGACGGGGAUAACAAGGGCUGGCAAAAUAAAAACCGUUAUAAUGACAACCGCAACAGUGAUAACAAACCUGGCUGGAAACAAUAUGGAGGAUACAACAACCAGAACAGCUGGGAAGGUCGUCGAAAUCAGCGGCAGCAGCAACGGUAUUAAACCUGCAUCUUCAAGUGUUCAAAUUAUGCGAUCAUUCAAAUGACUGUUGGAAUUCCGAGAUUCAUUGCGAGAUACCAUCAACAUUUGUCAAUCUAAAAUGGACCAUCUGACUACUUUCAAGGAUAUUGUUUUUCUUCAUGAUAUUCUUUUCAACUGCAAAAAACUUUAGAGCCAUAUUUAUUACAAGUCCGAAUUGGAUUGAUAUUGUGGUGUUUUAAGGGUUAAGAUAUCAAAUCAAAUGUUGUCCAGAAUUUAUUAUUAUUUUGUAUUCGAAUGUGAAGAAUAGAAUCCUAUCAACAAAAAUAGGAAAGUUAUGUGCGGUAGUAGUUCAAGUGCUGAAAUAUUGUAUAAAAUGGUUCAAAUUCAGCAGUAUUGUUUGGUACUGUUUUGUUAUAUUGAAGAUACUGUGACCAUGUACAAACUCUUUCACACCAGAUGCUGGACUAAAAAAUCUGGAUGGUGAAAGGUAAAAGCACAUCUCAAGGUGAAUGACUGGACAUUGACAUGAAUUUCACUGAUUUCAUGAUGUGGUCAACAUGUACAUUUCAGUAUUUGUCAACUAACUACAAGUGUCUUACAGCUGACAUGAAAUUGUCACUCUAAAUGAAAUCUUUACAUUGUAUAAGAUACACAUCAUUUGCUAUAGAUUGAUGCAUAUGUUGAUCGAAGUGACAUCUAUUUAUGAAAAAUAAAUCAUUAAUAUUUUGA